AUGGAAGAAUUGAACGAUUCAUCUCAAAAAACUACAGACUGGAAAGAGGUGUUUCGAACACACAACAUCUCACAAACCAUACAAUUGGAAAAGUUUGUUCAGCAGCAAGUAGAGGAGAAAGGCAGAGAGCUUCAGCAAAAUGUGUGUUUAAAUUAUCAAAGCUUCUUGAAAGCUGCUGAUAAUAUCUCUCAAAUUCAAUCCAGUUUGCUGGCUGUUGUAGAGAACGCUCACCAACUUCAGUCUCAAACGAAUGAACGAAAAGCAGAAAAAGCUGCUGAUGUAUUUUCCAAGUUCUCUUCCUUAAAGGUAUCAGUUGAUGAAGCUGGCUUCAAGUCCUUUGUAGAGAGAUUUUUCUAUACCGCCCUACCGUAUACUUUUCAGUUGCUCAACAAGCAAGAAUAUCUAUUGUCCAUUCGUUUGUUUCUUUUUUUUCCCGUUUUAUUUCAACGGCUCCCUAAAGAUGAUCAGGACUUGAAGAAACUUGUUCACAAGUAUGACCCUUGCACUCAUUAUUAUGCGGAACAGUUAAGCCAACUUUCGAAGAGUGACUCACAAAAUCAAGACAAAAUAAUAGCGUCUUUUACUUUGCUUAAUCAUAUGUCUUUAAAAGCCGCUUUACAUGCAUUUCUGGAUGUUCGGUUUGCCAUUGUCAUGAGCAAGACAGAUACGCUGCAAUUUGGUUUGGAAUUUGUUAAUACCGGUACUCUUGUAAGAAAAUGGUUUCCAGCUCACAUUAAUGAAGUUAUCACUUCAAUUGCUGAUCUUGAGUUUUUAUCCAGCAAGUCGCUUCGCAAAGACCUUUGCCUUACAGAUGACUUGUGUACUCGCUACUUGCGUUUGGAGGAUUUGGGUUUUCUGCCUACAUGGGAUACAUCAUUUGAUGUUGAUUUAACUAAAGUCUUGGAUGAAUGGAGGAAUCGUGUGUACUUGGACGCCAAAAAUCUGAAAAAGCCCUUUUUUGAAGAAGACCAAGAUCUCGAGAAGCUAAAAAUGAAAUAUGAUGCCCUUUCCAACACCAUUGCUGUUACUCAAAUUGAUGAUCUCCAGGACUUAUGGAAGUCCCUCUUAUACCCUCACUUUGUGAACUCCCUUCAGAAAGUAAUAGACAAUAUCAAGCAGCAUAGUUCGAAAUUAUCUGGUCUUAUAGAGACGCUCCUGGCAAGCUCACCUCGAGCAGACUACGACAUUUGGAACUUAGCAGGGGAACCUAACUUAUCGUCAUUUCAAUUCUAUUUUUUACAAGCCUGUGGAAUGAAGAAUGAUACGCAAAAGUUUCACCAACAACUGUUAUCCUUUAACGAUUCCGUCAAAAGAAUUAGCAAUUCUUUGGAAACUUUUGAUACUUACGAAAACACUCCACUGCCGUUUACUACAGAAAAUCUGAAAAGAUCGUUAAAUGAUAAACUAGAUGAAUUAUCAGAAGAAAUUCUGCUUAAACUUGAGAAAGCGUCUGAAGAAAUAGUAUCAUCCGGGUCAACAGAGAACAAAGAUUUUCUUUUAGCUAAAGCAAUCAAACUCGUUAGAAUUAUUGGAUUAUGUGAUGCUAUUGCAAACUACAAUUUGUUUGAUGGCUUUACCCAGAAAACAACAAACGUCUUGGCGGAGGAAAUAGCAAAAACGUCUUUGGAUGGGUAUGCUACGAGUUUCGAUAAAGAAUUGAGCACGCUAGAUGAUGACAGUUAUGGGAAAACUUAUCUGCCUCUACAGGCUACCUAUUUUGUCUUUAUGAAGGCUGUUGAUAGAUUGGAGAUUAUUGGUAUUGAUAUAGCUAACGAUAACCUGAAAGAGCAAUUGGUAUCAAAGUUGAGUUCCUCAAUGCUUAGUACUCUCAAAGAAAUUUCUUUUUCUUCCCUAAGUAAUGUUCGAAAGCAGAAACUGAUAUUUGAUUAUGAGCUACUGAAAUCAUUAUAUGAAAAAUGUGGAAAUGAAGUGAAGAUUGAAGAUUCGUCCGCUCUAUUUUUACAGAAAUCCGAAGAGAACAAGGAAGAUACAUCUUGCAUCGAGAUAGCCCCAAUUAGCAAUGAAGCGAAAAAUUAUGUAAGAAGGAUCAGGUCAUUCUUUACCAUUUUGUUCCCUAAAGGACUUUGA